AUUCUCCAUGUUUGAUUGAUCUUUGAUUGUGUGAAUAGCUCAGCUGAAGGCUAUAGCUGUGGAUAACCGUGGAUAACUGGCCCGGUCGAAAUUAAGUUUUAUCGUGUGAUAUCACUUUGCAUUGUACUUCGUUUCAUAAUUAUAGAUAUUUAUUGCUUCUAAAAAAUUGAAGAAUCAAAUUUUUGAGAUGAAUAUUGGAACAUCAGCGUUGUAUUGUUUUAAUUAUGAUGUCUACACGAUGGUAUAAGAUAUUAAAGAUAGGCUAUCACAGUAUGAUUCACAAAGGACCACGCCCGUUAGUAUUAUGUGGUCCUUCAGGCAGCGGGAAAAGCACUUUGAUAAAACGGAUGUUCGACGAAUUUCCUGACACCUUUAAAUUUUCGGUAUCUCAUACAACGAGAGCGCCUCGGCCUGGUGAAGAAAAUGGAACGCACUACCAUUUUACGGAUAAAGAGACAAUACAGGAACAAAUUAAGAAAGGCGAGUUUAUUGAAACUGCAACAUUUGGUGGAAAUAUAUAUGGAACAAGCAAACGAGCGGUUGAAGAGGUACAGUGUUUAGGAAAAGUGUGUGUAUUGGACAUUGACAUACAAGGUGUAAAGCAAAUAAAGCAGUGUAGCCAUCUUGAUCCUUUUUAUGUUUUCAUAAAACCGCCAUCUAUUACGGAAUUAGAACGACGAUUAAAAGCCAGAAAUACAGAAACCAAAGAAUCAUUGGAGCAUAGACUGGCGAUUGCUCGAAGUGAGCUAGAAUAUGGUGAAACACCGGGUAACUUUGAUAUCAUCAUUGAAAACGAUGAUUUAGAAAAAGCAUAUGAAAUUUUACGCAAUUUUAUAGUGGCCAAGUUUGAUCUACAUCACAAAACAGAUGAAACGAGUUAAUACGCAAUCGCAAUCUAAUGAAUUCUUCGAACACUGAAUUACGAAUAAUUAUUAUAUUUCUCAAUGUAUUUGGAAACUAUUGUCUUAAAUGUAAUUGGCGUGUUUUAAUUAAAAUAUGUGUAUGUGCGUAUGCAUAUACAUAUAUUUACACAUAUACGUGUAUGCGCACACCCACAAUCACACCCAACACACACGCGCACACACAUUUUGCAAAUUAAAACUAAAUAUAUAAAUCCGCGUAGUUACAUUGCAUACGCUCUAAUUUUGAUCACAGAAAUUAUUAUUUCUUACUUAGCGACGAUAAUUACAAUUGUGGUAUACUUUUCUUUGUUACAAUAAGGUUGAUCUAACAGCAUACGCAACGCAAAACAAUACAUCGAUAUGCUAAAUGACGAGUGUUUUACAACUGAAGGAUAGGAGUUUGUACUAAUAUUUACGAAUUAAAAAUCUUUUGUUACAAACAAAUUUUUUAAUAAUUAUAUUUGUUAACAAAGUAAUAAAUAUCGUAUAAACAUUAUAAAUAAAAUGUGACAUGGAAGUAUAAAAUAAUUAUUUAUUAUAUUAACAGGAAUUUGUAAGGAAUCUUGAUUUGUCUAUAAAAAUGUCUGAUUGAUAUAGCGAUUGAUCAAGAUAGCGUAUGCACUCUCGUGCCUUUCGCAACGAAAAGAUUAAAAACAAUUUUGAAAGAUUUUCAUUUAUUAGUAUGACAUGGUUAAAAAUGCAUUAAAUGAUUUCCUUUUCGUUAAACAAAUAAAUCUAUUCUAUAGUAGGGAUGUGAAAAGAUUUUUCGCUAAUAUAGUAAUUUAAUCCAGUACUCAAGAAAUAACAUACAAUGAAGAUAAACAUAGUACGUAGAUCUAGUUAAAAAAAAAAACUGAGACUAUUCACCAAAAAAGGUUGUGUUCCGAUAGAGUAGGGUAUUUGUAAAAUACUUGCGAUUUUGUCCUCGUGUACUUAUCUUCAUGUCAAAUAUCAUACAAAAAUAUGUAUACAAUAUAGUUUUAUGAUUUACGUCAUGGCAAUUUUCAAUUUCGUACGAGCAUCCCAAAUACUUGUAUGUAGAAUUAUAGAAUGAAUAAACAUUCCAAAAAUCUGCGUUUACAGUCCAUAAUAGUGUUUAACUGAAUUUAUGUUUGUGCACACAAACAUUGUAUUUCGAGAAAGAAGAUUUCUUUAAUAAGGAUUAGUGUUAACUAAUUUGAUGUUAAUGUAAUUAACAGUUAAUAGAGAAAAAUCGAUCUUAUUGUAAGUACAUUGUCGUAGAAAAUAUAUGAUUGUAUAUUCAAUGACAUUUAAUAAAUGGGAUAUAUAGU